AAAACACGGCCGGCCGGCCGGGUAUGUGGACAUUUUAUUGGAGACCUAUGACAUUUGGCCUAUGUACAAGAAUUGUUACCGUAUAUAUAAUACACACACAAACAGCUAGAAACCACCAUGGAUUCUUCAUCUUCCCAAAAUCACACAAAUGAACACAAUGCUGCACAACUCAAUCAAAAGCUUUCCAUUGACGAUCCUUAUGGUCAUGUAGACUUAGCACGCCAUCCUGAUGGCACAGUCGUCCGUAAACCGAGCAGACAUCCAUUGAGAUCAACCACACCUGAUCUUAGCCACCCCACCCCUGUACUCUCCAAAGACGUGACAAUCAACGAAUCAAAUCACACUUGGGCUCGAAUAUUCUUGCCUCGUCAUGCACUGGAAGAGGAAUCUUCCUCCUCAAAUGCACCACUUCCUCUCAUUGUAUACUAUUGCGGUGGAGGAUUUGUCAUAUUGUCAGCAGACACAAUAUACUGUCAUGAUAUUUGUUUCAACAUGUCGUUAGAACUCUCUGCAGUUGUUGUCUCCCUCAAUUACCGUCUCGCACCGGAGCACCGCUUGCCGGCAGCCUACGACGACGCGGUGGAAGCAUUGAACUGGGUCGCAAAUACGAACGAUGAGUGGUUGAAAAAGCAUACCGAUUUGACUAAGGUGUUCAUCAUGGGAUCUAGUUCGGGCGGCAACAUAGCUUACCAUGUCGGAUUACGUGUUGCAGCUGCAGGAGUUGAUCAAUUUAAGCCGUUGAAGAUCAACGGCCUGAUACUGCACUAUCCAUUCUUCGGUGGUGCGAAGAGAAGUGAAUCUGAGUUGAGGUUAAUGAACUGCCACGUUUUGUCUCCUCGGUUAAGUGAUCUGUUCUGGGAACUCUCAUUGCCGAUCGGCGCUGACCGCGAUCACGAGUACUGCAAUCCAACAGUGGGGGAUGGGUCAAAGUUAUUAGAGAAGAUCAAGUCUUUUGGUUGGAAGGUAUUGCUGUCUACUUGCGAUGGAGAUGUGGCGUUUGACCGGCAGAUUGAAGUAGCAAACAUGAUGGAAGAAAAGGGGAUCAAGGUGGAGAGGAGGAUCAUUAUUGGAGAUUAUCAUGGUGACGAAGCCUUAGACUUACCUAAGCAGCAGAAACUGAUUAUAGCCUUAAAAGAUUUCGUAUUUUCUUCAAUUGCUCAACUUUCUAAUUGAUGUUUGCUUCGCUAGCUAUGUUCCAAGCUUUGUAAUUCAUGUUUAUGUUUGGUCUCUUCUCCUUCUCUAACACCCUCAGUAAAUUAUUUGUUACUUUGCAUUAUUGGAUGAUGAAUGCGUCAUACUUUGUUUCUA